AUGAUAAGAUUUCAAUUGAAAAAAUCUUAUAAAUUAAUUCCAAAGAAUUAUUAUAAAUAUCCCAAAAUGAAUUUGAUGACAAUUUCUCAAUCAUUAGAUGAAAGUUAUGUUAAGCAUAAGAUUGUACCUGACAUAGUUGAUAAAUUUGAAACUCAAGGUUUAUUGACCAUUGAAUAUAAUGAAAAUGAUAAAGUAGCAUUGGGAAAUACUUUAAAAGUUGCUAAUACUCAACAUAAACCAACAAUUCAAUUUACUAUCAAUUCCCCAAACAAUAACGAUGAAGAAUUUGAAAUUCUGAAUGAUGAUAAAUUCACUUUAAUCUUAACUGAUCCUGAUGCUCCUUCUAAUAAUGAUAAUAAAUGGUCAGAAUAUUGUCAUUGGAUUAUUUCCGAUUUAUCCCUUAAUCCCACCAAAUCAGAAAAUCCUGAAAGUUUAAGUACCAUAAUAGAUUUUUCAAAGGGUAAUGAAAUUUUACCUUAUGUUGGACCAGGACCUCCUGAAAAGACUGGUAAGCAUCGUUAUGUUUUCUUAUUAUAUAAACAAGAUCCAAAUACCAAACUCAUAACUCCUCCAGAUAGACCAAAUUGGGGUACGGGAGUUGCUGGUUCAGGAGUAAGAGAUUGGAUUAAAAAAUGUGGAGGUUCAGCAAAAUUACUUACAGUCAAUUUCUUUUACGCUCAAAAUGAAGUUCAAUAG